AUGGUUUUACAGCUGGCUGAUGUCUCUGUGGUCGAGCACGUCGAAGGAGAUCCCUGUCGCUUCGGACUCCGUAUUGGUACGGUGGCCAGUAAUGAGAACCGCAUCGAUCUACGAAGUGCCCCACAACCGAAAGAAGAUGUGAAGAUCAUGUGGGUGAAGCGGAUUCGUGAGCUCACCCAGACACUGCUGCCUCUCAAUCUGGGAGUGGGAUUAGAAGGAGUGUCGUCGACUGGAAGUUCUUCGACGCCGGCUUCAGUCUCAACGCGGUCGUCGAAUGCGUCGUCGGCUAAUUCCGUUGAAUAUGAAUCUCGUGAUACGGAUGAGACUUCAUCACUUGAAUCACAGCGGUUGUCUAUUCAAAGUACCGACAGUAAUCAGGUAUGA